CCCUGGCCGCCAAAUCCCUCUCCCCUGUUUCAACUUCCCUCCCAAUUUUCCCACUAACCCCGCCCACCCCGCGAGAUCCCCUCAUCAUCUUCCCAAACGAAACCAUCAGGCCGCCGCCCUUGCUCCCAUCUCUAACCCUAAUCAUCGCACUCCCAUCUGUACAUCACUUGGUGAGAAGGGGGCAAGAAGAGGUCGGUCCUUCCUGGUGAUCCACAUAUGGCGACUCGUGCCUCCAACACUGUUGGCGACCACGGAGAUCCUGCUGAUGGAGACGCCGGCAACCAAGGGAUCAAGAAACCACACCGGCGCCUUGCUCAUCCCCAAGGUCUCACUGAUGACCACGAGUUACAGUUUCAAUCUACUGAAACCAGCAGAGCCCCAACUGAUGGAAACGACGGCGACCAAAGGAUCAAGAAGCUCCAACGUCGUCCUGCUGUACCCCAAGGGCUCACUGAUGACAACGAGCUACCGUUUCAACCUAUUGAACCAAGCAGUCUCACUGGUGAGACGUGGACUAUAAUUUUGCAAUGCUAUGGGGCAACAACAGCGGAUACAGAAUUUGUUGAGCUCGUUUGUGAUAGGUCCUAUAUCACAUUGGCCAACUUAGUUUUACUAAAAACAAAGUUGGGGUAUAGUAUGCGGGACUUCAUGUACUAUCUGAAGCGAUGUGGCAACGACUCAGCAAGCCUCAUCUUGCUUGAUUAUGACCACCAAACAGAAUCUAUGAUGGCUGCCAAUGAGGUUGAGAGGAAACUCAGACUAUUGAUAUCAACAGAGCAACCGUCCGAAUUAAUGAAGUCUAUAACGCCCAUGAAGCGACCAAGGGGGACAACUACAAAAAGUCGUAUAGAUGUACCUACUGCAGAAGAACCAAUUGAUGCAUACAAGGAAUGGCUUGAAAUCCUGCAACAAGAGCAACCUGAAACGGAAUUUAGAGAUGAUUACAGGGACGAAACCAUCGAGACAUAUAAAGAAUGGUUGAGGCGUAAAGGCUAUCUUAGAGACAUCUAUGCAUAUGCACAAGAUGAUGAUGCCAAUGACAAUGUUCGAGUUGCUGCUGAUGAACACCAUACACAUAGCCCGUCACCAAAAAAAGAAUGGCCAUCUCAUGCAAGGCGUAGAUCAAGAAAAGGGACAGGUGCAAAUGAAGGUUGUAAAAAAAGGGCGUGGUACCCUCAAGGGUUUAUCAGCAGCCAUAAAGAGAAUAAAGAGUGGCUCCCAGAAACUAAAAAUUGAUUUUUCAUCAAGCCUGGGAGGCCCCAUAGGGCCUAACUAUCGUGCAUUUGUGGAUGAAGUAGUGCUGUUUACGAGAAAAAGGGCUCCGCUUAUUGGAGUGAAAGUUUGGAAAGACAUAGAUGAAAAUGUGAAAAAUUCUAUAGCACUCGAUGUAAUGAAUCGGUGGGAGGUUGAAGACACUGAGGAUGGUAAAGAAAAAAAUAUGGGCUGUAGCCAAGGAGCGGUACAAAGGAU